CUGCCGUCUAUACCACUUCCUCCUUUUUCCAUUUCGCUUUCUCCCGAUCCGCGCCACCAAUAUGCCCCUUCCGAAAGAAGACUACGUGAGCAACACCUGGAAGGAUGGCCUCUUCGCAAACAAGGUCGUCUUCUGCACGGGAGGAGCAGGCACCAUCUGCAGCGCUCAGGUCCGCGCCCUCGUCCAUCUAGGCGCUAGCGCGUGCAUUGUCGGCAGAAAUGUCGACAAAACCGAAAAGGCCGCCCAAGACAUUGCGACCGCUCGUCCUGGUGCCAAGGUUAUUGGCAUCGGAGCGGUGGACGUGCGGAAGCUUGAAAGCCUGCAGAAUGCGGUGGACCGCUGUGUUCACGAGCUUGGUGGCAUAGAUUUUGUCAUCGCUGGAGCAGCCGGUAACUUCCUUGCCUCCAUCAACCAGCUGUCCGCGAAUGCUUUCAAAUCUGUGAUUGACAUCGAUGUCCUGGGCUCCUACAACACUCUCAAAGCCACUCUGCCGCACCUCGUGGAGUCUGGGAAAAAGCACAGAAUAGACCCGAAAACGCUCAAGCCAGUUCCGGCAGGUACCGGAGGCCGUAUCAUUUUCGUCAGCGCCACCAUCCACUACAGGACAAUGCCCUUCCAAACACACGUAUCAGUCGCCAAGGCAGGCGUGGACGCGCUGUCGCACAGCGUAGCCAUCGAGUUUGGUCCUUUAGGCGUGACUUCAAAUAUCAUUGCGCCUGGACCCAUUGGGGGGACGGAGGGUCUCGAUCGCCUCCUCCCGACCGACAAUAUAGACUCGUACACCAAGUCGCAGCCACUCGGCCGAUUUGGCUCUGUCCGUGACAUCGCUGAUGCGACCGUGUAUCUCUUUGCGGAGACCGGCAGCUAUGUCAGUGGACAAACCCUAGUUGUUGAUGGCGCAUCCUGGCGGAUGUCGGCCGGCGGUGCCGCGUCCGGGAGCCUGGCGUAUCCCGAUUUCCUUCUCUCGGGCGACGCGGUCCCCAACGUCAAGGGCCAGAAGACAUCCAAGAUUUGAUGAUUGGUGAUGGCUUUUGCGAUAGAAGUGAUUGUAUAUUAUUCAUUUGAUAGAGGGAACGUACUAUGCAGCUUUGUUACAUUUAUGGCAUUUACACGAUUUGAACAUAGCGCGAACAAAG